AUGACUCCAGAUGAUGGUGAUUUGAUAAGGAAUAAUUUAGUACUUAACAGCCUUUUACAUGCACCAACUCCAUGUGGGAAGGUAAAGCAAAUUGCAGAAAAUGAAUGUGCUGCUUUUUCUUGCGCCCGUGCCAAUGAGCUGGAAAGCCGCCUGUUAGCAGUGGCUUUUCAUGGCCUACCACUGAAAAUCAAGAAAGAACCUCACAGUCCAUGUUCAGAACUCAGCUCUGCGUGCAGCCAAGAGCAGCCCUUUAAAUUCAGCUAUGGAGAAAAGUGCCUGUACAAUGUCAGUGCCUACGAUCAGAAGCCACAGGUGGGAAUGAGGCCCUCCAACCCCCCGACUCCAUCCAGCACUCCUGUGUCCCCACUACACCAUGCAUCUCCAAACUCAGCCCACACCCCGAAACCUGAUCGGGCCUUCCCAGCUCAUCUCCCUCCACCGCAGUCCAUACCAGACAGCACCUACCCCAUGGACCACAGAUUUCGUCGCCAGCUUUCUGAACCCUGUAAUUCCUUUCCUCCUUUGCCAACAAUGCCAAGGGAAGGACGUCCUAUGUACCAACGCCAGAUGUCUGAGCCAAACAUCCCCUUCCCACCACAAGGCUUUAAGCAAGAGUACCACGACCCAGUAUAUGAACAUAACACCAUGGUUGGCAGUGCGGCCAGCCAAAGCUUCCCCCCUCCUCUGAUGAUUAAACAAGAACCCAGAGAUUUUGCAUAUGACUCAGGAUGUAUGUUUGAAAAAGGCCCCAGGCAAUUUUAUGAUGACACCUGUGUUGUUCCAGAGAAAUUUGAUGGGGACAUCAAACAAGAGCCAGGCAUGUAUAGAGAAGGACCCACAUACCAGCGACGGGGAUCACUUCAGCUUUGGCAGUUUUUGGUAGCUCUUCUGGAUGACCCUUCAAAUUCUCAUUUCAUUGCCUGGACUGGUCGAGGCAUGGAGUUCAAAUUGAUUGAACCUGAAGAGGUGGCCCGGCGUUGGGGCAUUCAGAAAAACAGGCCAGCUAUGAACUAUGAUAAACUUAGCCGUUCACUUCGCUAUUAUUAUGAGAAGGGAAUCAUGCAAAAGGUGGCUGGAGAGAGAUAUGUCUACAAAUUUGUGUGUGAUCCAGAAGCCCUUUUCUCCAUGGCCUUUCCAGACAAUCAGCGUCCACUGCUGAAGACGGACAUGGAGCGCCACAUCAAUGAGGAGGACACUGUGCCUCUGUCUCAUUUUGAUGAGAGCAUGGCCUACAUUCCAGAAGGGGGCUGUUGCAACCCUCACCCCUACAAUGAAGGCUACGUCUACUAACACAAGUGACUGUCAAGCAGGGCAUCCUUGGGCUUUCCCCUUUUCUUCAAGAUACAGAGAAUCAAUGAAUUCUCUUCGAUCUUUGUUUUAUUUUUGUUGUUUGUAUUUUAUUUUUAAAAAAUAAUACAAAAGGGGGCUUUUCCUGUUGUAUUAUUCUAUGGUCUGCCAUGGACCGCGCACUUUAUUUGAGGGUGGGUGGGAGUAAUCUAAACAUUUAUUCUGUGUAACAGGAAGAUGAUGGGUGAAGGGGCUGAGGGGGUGUGGGAAUUACUUUUUACUUAGUCUUGGGAUGGGGUCCUGCAGGUUUAAGAAUGAUGAAGCUAUAUCAUAUCUAUUUGAUUUCAUAAUAACAUAAGGUAAUGUUCAUUUUCUCUGGGUAUCUAUGGUAUAGUUAAUUUCACAUUGUGUAAAUAUUCACUUGGAGACUAUUUGCCUUGGGCAUCCCCCUCUCCCCAUCAUUAGUGAGUCUCUGCAGGUGUACAAAAAAAAUUCUACUGUAAAUGGCAGUUUAAUUGUUAGAAAUAACUGUUUUUUGCACCUCUUGUAAAAAGGUAUUUAGUGACUGCAUUUGCCAUUUUUUUUUUGUUUGCUUUAUAUAUGACUUGCAGAGGAUAACCAUAAAAAUGGGUAAUUCUCUCUGAAUCUGAAUAAUCGCCAUGACUGUAAACAAGGGGCACAAUUUUGGACUCUGGCUCCAAACUGAGUCACAGGCCAGUAGCAUUACAUGUAUCUGGUGCCACCUUGCUCUUUAGAUACAAAUCAUAUUGUCUUUUAAAUAUUUUGAAGCCUAUUUCAGUUAAGUAAUACAUGUCAUGGUUCUUUGUAAUCUUGAAUUAAAUGUUAAAUCUGGGAUCACAAUGAAGCAAAAAAAAAUAAUAACCUGUCUCCUUUUACUUCCUUCAGUACAUAAAUACAUUACUUAAUCAAUAAGAACUGUACUAAAUCACAUAUUAUGCUGUUCUAGUUACAGCAAGCACUCUUUAAGAAAAAUAUCCACUCCACUAAAUAGGUACUAUAGUAAUUUUUAGACACGGUACCCAUUGAUAUGCAUUUAAACGUUUUACUGCUGUGUUAUGUUAAUAACAUAUAAAUAUUAGACAAUGCUAAUGCUUUUGCUGCUGUCUUUUCUCUAAUAUUCUCUUUCAUGCUGAAUUUACUAUGACCAUUUAUAAGCAAAGCAGUUAUAACUACAGAUAGCAUUUCAGGACAAAAUAGAUGACUCAAACCAUUUAUUGCUUAAAAAAAAAUAGCUUACGCCAUGCUAUGCUAUAAGCAUCUUUUAUGCACAUUGACAAAUGAAGAGUGAGCUUCAGCUUGCUAAGGGAAACUGUGGAAACUUUUGUAACUUUUGGUGACAUGGAAAAUUAUUUACAAACUGUUAAAGAAUAUGAGGAAGUUCUGUAUGACAUAGUGCUGGCACUGAUAUUAUCCAUCAUCUCGUUUUGAACACUCCUAGAAAUGCGAUCGGAUUGUUUGAGAGAAGAUUUAAAGAUUGGUGGUUUCAAAGGAUUUUUUGUUUGGUUUUGAUUUUUUUGUUUUGCAUUUGGAGAAAAUAUUGAAACCAGGAUAUGUUGUUCCAUUCAUUCUGAAAAAAACAAGUAAAUGGUGUUAUCGUAUCAUAAAGUAGCUUGUUAAAACAUUCGUGCAAAGAACAUGAAUUCUGUUCAAUCCAUUAACAUUCUAGAGGAACAACUUACUUCAGUCUGUAGCAA